AUGUUGCUCUACGCUGUGCUGUUGGUGAUAGUGGCGGCCGUGCUGUGGAUACGCAAACGGUACGCGUACUGGAAGGAAAGGGGCAUAGCUUAUGUGGAACCAUCGUUUCCUUUGGGGAAUCUUCAAAACAUGGGCCGUAAGGAGCAUGUUUCAAAGGUCCUGCAAAAGUGUUAUCAGCAACUGAAGGGGCGUGGACCGAUGGGCGGAAUCUUCUUUUUCAUCAACCCCGUCGCGAUGAUCAUGGAUUUGGAUUUAAUCAAAAAUGUGCUGGUGAAGGAUUUUCAGCAUUUCCACGACCGUGCUUUGUAUCAUAAUGAAAAAGAUGAUCCCCUUACCGGGCAUUUAGUUGCGCUGGAUGGGGUGAGGUGGAAAAAUUUAAGAGCCAAACUUACUCCUACGUUUACCUCCGGAAAAAUGAAGAUGAUGUUCCCGACGAUAAUGGCCGUAGCGGAUGAAUUUCAAAAAACGCUUUCCCGAGAAGUCGUGAAAAGUGAGGAGCUUGAGAUUAAAGAUUUCAUCGCUCGGUUUACCACGGAUGUCAUUGGAUCUUGUGCCUUUGGAUUGGAAUGUAAUAGUUUACGAGAUCCAAAUGCUGAGUUCCGUACAAUAGGUCGACAGGUGUUUGCAGUCCGAGCUGGAAGGAUGGUCAAGUUUUUCCUGGCUACACAAUUCCGAAACAUUGCCCGGAUGUUGCAUGUAAAAGUUAUUGAUCCCGAUGUUUCGAAAUUUUUCCUAGGUGCUGUUAAAAACACUGUCGAAUAUCGAGAGAAAAACAAUAUUGUACGAAACGAUUUCAUGAGUUUACUGAUUAAGCUAAAAAACGCAGAGUCGUUGGAGGAAGGUGCCACGAAUAAUAACGCUUCCGGAACAUUAAGCUUGGAAGAGCUUACAGCACAGGCGUUCGUUUUCUUCAUAGCUGGGUUUGAAACUUCUUCAACAGCCAUGUCGUUUUGCUUAUAUGAAUUAGCAAGGAAUCCGGAAUUACAAGAGAAAACUCGUAAAGAUGUUAUUGAGACAAUCCAUAAACACGGUUCAAUUACAUAUGAAGCGAUAAAAGAUAUGGAAAUGCUGGACCGCUGCAUUAGUGAAUCACUUCGCAUGUAUCCGCCUGCAACCACGCUAACUCGACUAGUAACCAAACCGUACAAAGUUCCCGGCACUAAUGUUACUUUGGAGAAAGGUUCAACAGUGAUUGUUCCCCUGUAUGCCAUUCAGCAAGAUCCGGAAUAUUUCCCAAAUCCAGAACGGUUCGAUCCGGAUCGUUUUACGCCGGAACAGGUGGCUAAACGAAACCCGUACAGUUACAUGCCGUUCGGCGAGGGACCACGCAUUUGCAUUGGGAUGCGAUUCGGACAGAUGCAAGCUCGCGUUGGGUUGGCUUAUUUGCUGAAGAAUUUCCGGUUCAGCCUGUCGAGCAAAACAGCGGUGCCACUGAAAAUAGCUGCCGGUGGACCGGUACUUUCCAGCGAGGGUGGUAUGUGGCUUCGGGUGGAAAAAUUUUCGAAAUCAGCUCCGGGUCGGUGGAAACCAUUCAGUGUCCGAAAAGAAACUCGCCAACAACCCGUUACCACGAUGAUUCUUUAUCUCGUCCUUCUUGUGAUUGCUCUACUAACAUUCUGGAUUCGGAAACGUUACUCGUACUGGAAGGAUCGUGGAGUACCGUUUGUGAAACCGAUUUUUCCCGUUGGUAAUUUGCUUGGACUGGGCCGAAAGAGGCACAUUUCCUCGGUCAUGGCACGUCACUACGCGGCACUGAAAGGUAGCGGACGGUCUUUCGGAGGUAUGUUUUUCUACACAAAACCGGCGGUCAUCGCGUUGGAAUUAGACUUUGUGAAAACCGUGCUGGUGAAGGACUUUCAAUAUUUUCAUGACCGUUCGUUCUAUUACAAUGAGAAGGAUGAUCCCCUGUCUGCUCAUUUGUUCGCAAUUGAUGGGACAAAAUGGAAGAAUUUGAGAUACAAGCUGGCGCCAACGUUUUCGUCCGGGAAGAUGAAAAUGAUGUUUCCAACUGUUACCGGGGUGGCAGUAGAGCUGAGUAAACUCAUGACCCGUGAGGCGAUAAAGGCAGAAGACAUCGAGAUGAAAGACAUUCUGGCAAGAUUCACCACGGAUGUGAUCGGAACGUGUGCUUUCGGAAUAGAGUGCAAUAGUUUGUUCGAUCCCGACGUCGAGUUUAGACGAAUGGGCAAGAAAGUUUUCGAGUUCGGUUUCUGGAUGAUGUUGAAAAUUAUGGUGGCACAACAGUUUCGGUCCAUUGCCCGUGCUCUUCAUGUUUCUUUUUUCAACAAAACCGAGACUAAAUUUUUCUACGACGUCGUAAAGAGUACGGUCGAGUAUCGUGAACGUAAUGGCGUGGAACGAAACGAUUUCAUGAGUUUGCUUAUUAAGUUGAAGAACGCGAAACCUACAGCAUCGGAGGGGUCAACCGAUGAAGAAGUAGGAAAUCUCACGUUACAAGAAAUAGCUGCUCAAGCUUUUGUGUUCUUUUUGGCUGGAUUCGAGACUUCUUCAACAGCAAUGUCCUACUGUUUGUAUGAACUUGCUUUGAAUGCUGAAAUUCAAGACAAGGCUCGCAAGGACGUACUUGAUUCCAUUCAGAGAAACGGAAGCAUAAGCUACGAUGCAGUUCAAGAUAUGCCCUAUCUCGAUCAAUGUAUUAAUGAAACACUACGAAAAUAUCCCCCAAUAAGUAUAAUAUCACGAAUGGUCUCCAAACCGUACCGAAUUCCCGAUAGCGACAUAACACUCGAGCAAGGAUCGACCAUGGUUGUGCCCAUCUAUGGCAUUCAUCACGAUCCGGAUUACUACCCGGAACCGGAAAAGUUCGACCCGGAACGAUUCGCUUCCGAUGCGUUGGCUAGUCGCGAUCCGUUUUGCUUUAUUCCGUUCGGCGCGGGACCUCGGCUCUGUAUCGGAAUGCGUUUCGGAAUGAUGCAGACCCGCGUGGGGUUGGCUUAUCUGUUGAAGGACUUUCGCUUUACUCUGGCGAGUAAAAUGCCGGUACCGCUGAAAAUUGCCCCCGGCAGUGCUGUUCUCACUUCGCAAGGAGGACUUUGGCUGCGGGUGGAAAAACUCACGUAG